AUGGAGGAAUCAUCAGGGCUAGGAGUGUCAAAUGGUCCGACUCUGGACCUGACCGCGCAUCUCGAUGAAACGUCCAGAAUUCAGCGAUGUCUACUCUCUCAACAACUCCAGAAUGCUCGUGCCGAACAUCAACUCAAGCUGAUCGCUAUCGAAAAUGCAAGAAUCGAUCAAAAACUCAAGCAAAUCGAACUACAAAAACGCUUAAUCGAGCUCGACACCCUCAAGCAACAGCACCAAACUCAACUCGAUAAAUUCAAUAUUGUCACGCCGUCAUCUCUAUCCAAUGGUUUCAAUUGUUGCAAUAGUGAUCUUAAUAGUAAUAAUGUCGAUAUCAGUGAUAAUAAUAAUGAAAUCAAUAAGGAAGAUAGCAUCACCUCACCCAAUAAAACCAAAAGUAAAGCGACGAAGCUGGAGAAUAGCACAAAUGCAGGUAAGUGA